AUGGCUGAUAGAGGCUCCCAUGCAGCUCUGCUGUCAUACCAGGACGAUGAGGAGGCAACUCCUCGUCGAGUCGAGGCUCAUGCCUCCGCAGCAAGGCGACGGAGCUUGUUCUCAAAAAAUGGCAAGGCAGGGCCUCUGAUGACAUUUUUUAGUUUGAAUAUAGUUACUGUUGUUACCGCUUUGGUGCUGAUGGUGCUUUUUGGCGGAAUUAUGGCCCCGCUGGUUUCACGCCGAGUGAUGUAUCGACGAGACUUCCAAUGCAGCACUGUUGAAGAUGGCUAUAGAUGCUACCAGCCAGAGGCUAUGCUGUGGGGCCAAUACUCCCCCUAUUCGACUUUGAAGUUCAAAUCCCCUAUCCCUCAGGAUGUUCCGCGGGGCUGCACCGUCAAUUUUGCCCAGAUGCUAUCUCGCCACGGAGCAAGAUAUCCUACUGAGUCAAAGACAAAAGCGUAUGCCAAGCUUAUCACCAAAAUCCAGAACACCACCACUUCUUAUAUGGAUAAAUUCAAGUUCCUACAGACCUUCAAAUAUGAGUUACUGAGCGCAGAAAUGACGGAAUUCGGUAACACUCAACUCGUUCAUUCCGGGUCCAAGUUCUACCGACGUUACCAGAACCUUGCAAAGAACCACCAACCGUUUGUUCGUGCCUCUGGGUCCUCUCGAGUAAUCAAAUCUGCAGAACGAUUUAUUGAUGGUUUCCAUCAAUUCAAGCUUCGUGACCCAGAUUCCGUGGGAAAGGAGCCUCCAAAGCUUGGGUUGAUUAUUCCAGAAGGAGACUUCAAUAACACACUUGAUCACGCCAUAUGCACCAAUUUCGAAAAGAACGAGUAUGGUGAUGACGUCCAGAAGAAGUUUCUUGCUACCUUUGCCCCAAAAAUCCUUGAACGUGUUAAGAAAGGUCUUGUUGGAGCAGAUCUCAGCACCAAAGAAGUUAUCUACAUGAUGGACAUGUGCUCUUUCCACACUGUUGCACUGACAAAAGAUGCAAGCAAAUUGUCUCCAUUCUGCGAGCUUUUCACUCGUGGUGAAUGGAUCGACUACGAUUACUAUCAGUCCCUAGGAAAAUAUUACGGUUACGGUAAUGGACACCCACUUGGUCCCGAACAGGGUAUUGGGUUCACGAACGAACUCAUCGCCCGCUUGACAAACACUCCUGUUAAGGAUAAUACAAGCACAAACCGAACGCUCAACGCCAACCCAGCCACCUUCCCCCUUAACGCCACUCUUUAUGCAGACUUCAGCCACGACAACACCAUGACAUCAAUUUUCGCGGCUCUCGGCCUUUUCAACGGUACUACGCCACUUCCCAUGGACCGGGUCCAGACACCAGCGCAGUCAAACGGGUAUGCCGCCUCAUGGACUGUGCCAUUCGGAGCCCGAGCUUAUGUCGAGAAAAUGACUUGCGACUGGUCCCCGAAAAAGAACACGGAAUACGUGAGAAUUUUGAUCAACGACCGGGUCUUCCCACUGUACGGUUGUAAAGUAGACUCUUUGGGACGCUGCGAGCUAAAUGACUUUGUCCAAGGACUGGGCUUUGCUAGGAGUGGUGGAAAGUGGGCCAGCUGCUUUAAAUAG